CUCUCAAUCAACAUCGAUACAUCGACUGCACUGUCAUCUCUUUUCUCACAUUCUAUCCAUUUUCGUCACAUCUCAUCAAUCAAUCCUCUUCUCUUUUACACUUUCUAUCAAGUUCCAACUCGGGAUCAUCUCAACCUUCAAUACCUCUCUCCGCAAUUACAAGCACCUUCUCCAGUCAUGCAUUUCUUUACUUCCAUCUCCUUGGUUUCCACUCUCAUCGCUCUCAGCAACGCCAUCCCAACACUGACCUCGCGAUCUUCCAACUUUUGUCCCAACAUGUCGCACAUCACGCCUGAUGUCAAAUGCUCCAGCGGCUUCAUUGGCUGUGUUGCGUAUGACAAGGGAUCCGAGAUCUGCAACGGACCGAAGCGCUUUUAUAACGACUGCUCUGGCGCUCCAGGUCUUGGUUCGUUCUACCAUUGUGCCAAUGGAUUUGUUGGUUGCACUACCAACUCGCGGAUCUGCGACACCGGAUCUACGGGCUCCGUUAAGAAGCCGGAUGACACUACGGACUGCCCCGUUGAUUCUUCAUACUACAUCUGCGCCAGCAAUGGCUUCAGAGGCUGCAGUACGAAUCCUCAUAUCUGCGACCCGGACACAAAACCCGUGGAUCCAGUUGUAGAGCCAGUGGAGGACCCGUCAAUGACCUGCCCUGCGGGUUCUUCAUACUACGUCUGCGCCAGCAAUGGCUUCAGAGGCUGUAGUACCAACCCCCAUAUCUGUGAUACAGCCACGACAUUAACUUACACUGGGUCAGCUCCCACGCCUUCUGCAUCAGUUAUCAACGGUGGGACUGAGGAGUAACCCUGCGGAAACUGAUCCCCAAAGCACGGAAAUCACAACUGUGCGGAUGAUUGUGAUUGCAAGGACAAAGUCAAGACUUGCGAAUAGAAUGAGGUAGUUUCUGUCCUAAGUGUUUGAGCAUAUGAUUGGCGUCCAGAUUGGAGAAACUCUUGUUCGCUUCGUUCUUUACAGCAUUUGAAUUUCGUUCUUGGUUUCUUGGUUAUUCCCUUUUUGAGUUAUUUCUUUUGUACACCUUAUUUGUGCACUCACGUAUUCCUUUCCUGUUUACUUUUGUCCUCUGUUUAUAUCUCGUAGCAAUAACACGAAUGUAUUCACUUGUUC